AUGAAGUGGAUUCCUGGUAACUCUCGCACUGAACAAAGAAAGUGCAUCGAUCUCUUUUGGAAGAUCAACCAUGAAUAUCUGAAUCCCAAUGGUCUGCCUAUCACGAUAGGUGACUUUGGAACUCUCGACAAGAAAACGGGAGGGUUUCAACGCGAAGGGAACAUAUUCGAGCACCUCGAAUCUAGGGACAUCAUGGCCAAGCACGACUGGAAGGAUCCUCGAAAUACUACCUCCAUGGAAUGCAUUUUCAGGUGCACGAGCAAUGUCCGGCGAUUUGACCUCCCCUUCGGUGUCGGAGGACUAAGAGCACGCGACAGAGGAUUAACUGGAGUAGUAGACGGCAAUGUAUCCGCCCAAUUUCAAUUUGACACUGAGCGCGGUGUUCUGCUGUGCAUGCGCAGCGUCAAAUAUUCGAUGCUUCCCAUUGUCGAGACUUGGGUGCGGAAGCUCGAGAAAAUACCCGUCUUCAAGGCUAAGGGUAUCGUUACGGAAACGUAUACUUGUAGUCAAUAUGACCUUUGCAUGAACCACAAAGGGAAGCGUGGUGUGGGUGUGACUACCAGCGCGAGCAUUCCGAUUCCAGUAGCACCAGCUAUUAGUGCAUCAGCCAAUACUGGAUUUAACAUCUCAGGUAGCACGGCAUCAGGCUCGGUGUGGCAAGGAACAAAGAAUGCAGAGUCUGAUAGCUUCGUCCCUAUGUACCGUUUGAAAGCUUUACGAGGUGGUUCGGUCUCACGGGGAACACCAUUGGAAGAAAUUUUGGUUCAAGACUUUCCUCGACCAUGGAACGAGCUCGAUGACGAUGGGAAAGACAUUUUUGACUCUGACUCUGACAACUCUGACGCCGACUCGGAUGCAUGA